AUGAGCGCCCCAGUGAGCCACGGCAGAGGAGGCCAGGGAAACGUGUACCCGGAUGAUACCAAGUACACAGAUGGCGAGGUCGUCCGCGAGGGAGAGGCCGGCACCGGUGUGAGCACCGGACGAGGAGGUGCCGCCAACAUCUCGGAUACCAACGCUGCGGCUCCCCGAACGGACAGAGAGGUGGUCCCCGAUGCCGCUAUCAGGCCCUCAACCGACAACCAGGACCACCAUACUGGAAGGGGCGGCGAGGGCAACGUCCAACGCGCCCACAAAGAAGACGGGGAGGAUGGCACGCACAAGGGUUUGGCGGACAAGUUGAAGGCCAAGGUUUUGGGUGUCUUCAAGAAGUAG